AAGAAAAAUAAUCACGAGAUUGAAGAAGACAAGCAAAGACCCGUUUAAAGCGUCUGGGAUCAUCCGGUAGCCGCGGAUCGGGCGAUGACCAUGUCGCAACGUGAGGACGUGCUCAAAUUUGAGCAAGGUCGCAUCAAAGUUUUACAAGAGGAGCGGCUACACAUACAGAAAAAAACCUUCACCAAAUGGAUGAACUCGUUUCUUACCAAGGCGCGUAUGGAGGUGGAGGACCUGUUCGUGGACCUUGCCGAUGGCAAGAAACUUCUCAAGCUGCUGGAGAUUAUCUCGGGCGAGAAGCUAGCCAAGCCCAACAAUGGCAAGAUGCGAGUUCACAAGAUCGAAAACGUCAACAAAAGUUUGGCCUUCCUCCACACCAAAGUGCGCCUGGAGAGCAUUGGCGCCGAAGACAUUGUCGAUGGCAACCCUCGUCUCAUUCUGGGUCUUAUGUGGACCAUCAUUUUACGAUUUCAAAUCCAGGAAAUCGAAAUCGAAGUGGACGAAGAAAAUGAAAGUUCUGAAAAGAAAUCGGCCAAAGAUGCGCUGCUUUUAUGGUGUCAGCGCAAGACGGCCGGUUACGAGUACGUCAGCAUCCAGGAUUUUUCAGGAUCGUGGAGAAGUGGAAUGGGAUUCAACGCCUUGAUUCACUCACAUCGACCAGACAUUAUUGAUUACAAUCGACUGGAUCCCAACGAUCAUGUGGGCAACCUCCAGUACGCCUUUGACGUAGCUGAACGCGAGCUGGGCAUCGCGCCCCUCCUAGACGCAGAAGACGUCGACGUGGCCCGGCCUGAUGAGAAGUCGGUCAUCACCUAUGUGGCAUCUUAUUAUCACACCUUUGCCCGCAUGACCAAAGAGCAAAAAGGAGGCAGAAGGAUAGCCAAUAUUGUUGGUCAAAUGAUGGAAGCCGACCGACUAAAAGAGAACUACAUCCAGCUGAGCAGUGACCUGCUCGAAUGGAUCCAACACAAGUUGGUACAAUUGGACGAUCGCAAAUUUCCCAAUACAAUAGAAGGAAUCCAGGGUCAACUGCUGGACUUUAAGCAGUACCGCACCGUGGAAAAGCCUCCAAAGUAUAAGGAGAGGAGUGAAAUUGAAGCACUCUUUUUCGCCACCAAUACACAGCUGGCUACGCUAAGGCAGCCCAGCUUCAUCCCACCGGAAGGCGUUAGUCUUUACGCUCUUCAAAAGGCGUGGGACGCGUUGGAAAAAGCCGAGCACCGACGAGAAGUUGCGCUGCGAAACGAAUUGCUCAGGCUGGAACGGCUAGAGCAGCUGGCAUACAAGUUUGAGCGAAAAGGAUUGCUGCGAGAUGGCUAUCUCAAAGAAAUGAUUCAAGUAUUGUCCGACCCACGCUAUGGCAGCAACCUGACGCAGGUGGAAGCCACCGUCAAGAAACACGAAGCCAUUUGCGCUGAUAUUCUAUCCAGAAAAGAGCGGUUCCUUCACCUGACGACCAUGGCCGCCGAACUGGAGAAGGAAAAUUACCGUGGCAAAGAUCAAAUCAACAAACGCGAAAGAGAAAUUUUGACUCGAUGGGACGAACUACUAGUUCUGCUUGAACGACACCGACUCGCCUUACAAUCAGCUAGCCAACUUAUGUCCGUCAUGAGAGACUUGGAUACGGUUGCUUCGACCAUUAGAGAUUUAGAGGAAAAUUUCAAAUCGGAAGACGUCGGUCGUCAUUUGUUGGCCGCCGAAGAUUUAACACAACAGCACCAUAUUUUCGAGUCGCAAAUUGCUGCCCUGGGUGACAACAUCCAACGUCUUAACCGACAGACACAACAGAUUCUCCAGGGAGUAGACACUGUGGCCGUCCAGCGGGAAGGCCCAACCCUGAAAAUCAAAAUCGACGACUUGAACAAAGAUUACGACAGACUCAAACAGCAAGCGAAAGCUCGACGUGGGCGUCUCGAGGAUGCCAAAGCACUCUUCCAAUUGUGGGAGGAUCACGAAGAAGAGGAGGCUUGGUUAGUGGAAAAGAAACGCAUCUGCCAGACGGGUAUCAUCGCCAAAGAUUUAAGGGCCUUGAUUAGCCUCCAGCAAAAGCACAAGGCGUUGGAAGACGUUAAAGCGCGAUGGAACAAGGCAGAAAAGUUAUGCGAAGCCGGACGCGAAUUGAUGGCUGCCGGACAUCCCCAAUCCAACGAAAUUGCUGCAUACAUCGACAGUCUACAGAAGCACUGGAAAGAAUUACGCGUAUUGGUUGAGCAACGGAAAUCGCGUCUGGAGGAAGCGGCCGAAGCUUAUCAGUUUUACGCGGAUGCCAACGAAACCGAAUCAUGGCUCAGGGAAAAAAUGCCUUUGGUCCGCUCCACCGAUUGUGGCGAGGACGGACCUGGUGCCCAGGCUCUGUUAGCUCGCCACAGAGAUCUAGAGGGACAGAUCCGGGCCUAUGAAGGAGAUAUUCAGAGCCUCAACACGCAAGCAGAUCGUCUAGUAGCCAGCGGUGUCACAUCGCUGGCCAUCGGAGGGUCGACCAAACAAGGCAUGGAAAACGGCUCGGCCAGAGGAGAGCCGGACGGUGAAUGGGGAGAAGAAAUCCGUAUGGUACCCGAAGAGUACUCUGAAGAAGAGUCUUGCGAGCGUACCGAAUACCGGACAGUGACCGAAGAGCGUCUAGUUCCCCAAGUCAAGGCCAUCUAUGCGUUUGAAGGACAGGGCAUGACGAUGACUAAAGGAGAGGUUUUCUUCCUCCUAAACAAGACCAACGACGACUGGUGGCACGUGCGUAAAGCAUCUGGAAAAGACGGAUUCGUGCCCGCUAACUAUGUCAAAGAGAUUGAGGGCAAGCGUAUCCCCGUUCAAGUCCGUCAGCCUUUUACGGUUAAAGACGUCCGACGGGUCAAAAAGACGCGUAUGGCCAAGAAAACGGUUCCUGUUCGGAAGCCAAAACCCCCUCCGAAAGCAACAGCGACGGAAAUCGAGUCAGUAGCCCAACGUAAGAAGAACAUUAAUGAGUCUUAUGAUGAAGUCGUUCGACUGGCCAAGAAACGCCACACCGAUCUCGAGAACGCGAUCCUGCUCUUCGCCUUCAACGGCGAAUGUGAUGAUUUUGAUAAAUGGUUGCAAGAGAAAGCGAAACAACUGAAUGCCGACAACCGUGGCGACACGGUCGAUGCCGCCAAGCGGAAAUUCGAGCAAAUCGUGACAGACUUAUCAGCAAGUCGUAGCCGCUUGGAUGGAAUUGAUAGACGAGCCGACGAGCUACUGGCCGUCAAAGCAGCUUCGCCUGCCAACAUUCGCGCCCGCGUCAAAAGCAUUCAUGACCGGUCAGAUGCCAUCAACAAACUACGUCAGGCCAAAGAACGUAGCCUGCAGGGAGCCAAUAGCGUGGAGCUGUUCCAUCGGACGUGCGCGGAAGCCUCGGAAUGGAUGGAAGAGAAAAUCACUAAAUUGGACACGGAAGAAUUGGGUCGUGAUUUGCAAACGGUUCAGGCCUUGCAACGAAGGCACAAGAACCUCGAAAGAGAAUUGGCACCGCUCGAGGAAAGGGUCAAUCGAAUAAAUCACCUGUCAGCUUCGGUCACGGCCUCUUACCCUGAAGAACAAUUGGCCGUCAAGACACGGCAAAAAGAAGUGCAGGCUCUUUGGGAACAAGUCAAGAGCAAAGCUGUAGAUCGAAGAUCCCGUCUCGAACAGGCCGUAGGCCAACAACUUUUCCUUAAGGAAGCCAAGGGCCUGUUGACUUGGGUUGCGGACGUCAAAGAAAAGCUGAACGCAGGUGAAGCCGCUCGCGAUGUGACCACUGCCGAAUUAUUUUUAAAGAAUCAUCAGGACUUGUGUGAUGAUAUCCGCGCUCAUCAAGACGAUUUCGAUUCGUUGGCGAAUCUUGCAAGUAAAUUGCCAAACAACAAGGAAGUUCGUGAGAAAGCCCAACAGUUGGAUGAAGAACGAAAAGCUUUGCAACGAGGAUGGCAGCAAAAAGAUGAUUUUCUUCGACAGACGUUUGAUUUGCAAAUUUUCAACAAGGAAGCAGAUCAAAUUGAUGCCGCCUCUUCAUCGCACGAAGCCUUCCUAGAAUUUUUCGAUUUGGGCUCAUCACUAGAUGACGUGGAAGCUCUUCAGAAAAGACACGAAGAUUUCGAAAAUUCAUUGGCCGCCCAGGAUGAGAGACUCAAAUUGUUUAGCGAAGCCGCAGACAGGCUCAUCACCGCUAAACAUUACGAUAGCAAAAACAUCAAUGAACGAAGGAACAAUGUCGUUAAGCGACGCGAUAACGUUAAAAACGUUUCGGCAAAACGAAAAGAUGCGCUGGUGGCGUCUCACACAUUCCAGGAAUUUGUGGCGUCCAUUGACGAUUUGCGUUCAUGGAUGGCCGAGAAAAGCCGUACCGUCCAAGAUGAAUCUUACAGGGACCUGACUAAUUUGGAAAGAAAAUUACAAAAGCAUGAAGCCUUUGAACUUGAAUUGCGCGCCAAUGAGGGUCAACUACGAUCCAUCAAUAAGACUGGACAAAGCAUGUCGAGCAAGAAUCAUUACAGGAAAGAUGACAUUGAUCGGAUGCUCGAUGCUAUGAACGAUCAAUGGGAUGCCCUUGUGUCGGCUUCGCUUGAUAAGGGUCGAAGACUUCGUCAAGCCGCUAAUCAAGUGGCUCAUAACAAGAUCCUAGAAGACGCUAAAAGUAAACUUGAUGAACUGCAUUCUGAAAUCAACCAGGACGACGUCGGUGACGACCUCCGCAGUUGCCGAGAGCGACUCAAGAAGCAGCAAACGCUUGAGAAUGACGUGUCGUCCUUGGACCAAAAGAUCAACGAUUUGGUUAUGGCUGGUGAAGAGAUGGCUCAAGACGGACAUUUUGAUGCCGAGAGUAUCCUGAGCCAGGGACAGACAUACAAGCGACGACUUAGUGCAUUCAAAGAUCCGCUAACGCAGCGCCGUGAAAAGCUGGAAGAGGCGCUGCGCUUCCAUACGUUCAACUUUGAAGUGGAUAAUGAAUUGCAGUGGAUCAGGGAAAGAGAACCAGCUGCCCGUUCAGAGACGCUAGGCCAAGAUUUGCAUACUGCGCAAUCGUUGGACAAGAAACAUAAGAAAUUAGAGGGAGAACUAACUGGCCAUCAACCGGCCAUUGAUCACACGUUGGGUGUGGGACAGAAAUUGGAAGAUGAAGACCAUCCGCAGAAAGAUGAAAUACGAAAACGAUGCAGUGAACUUGAUUCCGCUUGGAAUAACUUGCACGAACUUGUUGUCCAGCGGCGCAAAAAGCUGGACCUUUCGCUCAAGGCACAGCAGUUUUUCUUCGAGGCCUCUGAGGUCGAGAGCUGGAUGGCAGAGAAGACAGAAUUAAUCAACUCACCUGACGUCGGCAAGGACGAAGAUGCUGCAAUCAAGCUCCUCACCAAACACAAGGCCCUUGAGCUUGAACUGGACACGUACAGUGGCCUCAUCAACGAAAUGGGCAAUAUGGCCAACGCCAUGGUUUCAAACAACCAUCCCGAUAGUAAAGUCAUCACCCAACGCCAGCAGCUACUCACCCAGGGCAUGAAAAACCUGCAGAAGUUGGCGUCACAACGAAGGCAGCGACUAGUGGACUCUGUCAGUCGGCACGAAUAUCUACGGGAAGCCGAGAGCAUCCUAGCCUGGAUCAACGAGCAUAUGAUCACGGCUUCAUCGGAAGAUUACGGACAAGAUUACGAACAUCUUUUGAUUUUAAUCAACAAAUUUGAAGAUUUCAAAUUGCGGGUCGCAUCCGGAUCAGAACGUUUUGCUCAAUGUGAUGCCAUUGCAAAACGACUGAUAGCCAAUGAAAAUCCAUAUGCUGCUGAAUUUCCUGCCAAACAGGAAGAACUCCGCAUGAACUCGCCGAAGAAGGAACAAAGCUGGGCUCGUAUCAGCGAACAAGUCGGGCGAAAGCACAGCGUUCUUAGUGAUGAGUGGUCAAAGUUGCUGGAAACGGUUGAUCUGCGAGAUGAGAAACUUGUUGCCGCCGGUGAAAUCCAUCGUUUCAAUCGCGAUGUCGCAGAAUCACUUUCUCGAAUCCAAGAGAAAUAUGUGGCUAUUCCGGAUGAUCUCGGCCGUGACUUGAACUCGGUUUUGGGUCUCAUUCGUCGCCAUGAAAACUUUGAAACAGAUCUCGUCGCGCUCGAAGCUCAGCUUCAGAUCCUCGUCGAUGAUUCGGCCAAACUGCAGGCCGCCUAUCCAGGAGGAAAUGCCGAGCACAUACGUGCACAACAAGCUUUGGUGAUUGACUCGUGGAACACCUUACAAGAAAGGAUGGCACGUCGCAAAGAAGAAUUGCAAGCCAGCUGUGAUUUACAGCGCUUCCUAACCACCGUCCGAGAUCUGGUCACGUGGGCUUCUGGAUUAGUGGCCGUCAUGUCUUCCACGGAGAAAGUGCAAGAUGCUAACGAAGCCCAGGCUUUACGGGCCGAACACGACCGGUUGAAAGGCGAAAUCGAAGCCAGAGAAGAUGUGUUUAGUUCGGCCGUUCAGGCAGGCGAAACGAUGAUCCAAGAAGAGCAUUACAGCCUAAUGGAAAUUCGAGACAAAUUGAAGCAAUUGCUUCAGGAACGCGAGAAGCUUCACGCUGUCUGGCAGCGACGAAAGAUUCACUUAGAUCAACUGCUGGAUCUCCAAUUUUUCAGUCGCGAUGCGAAACAAAUCGAAUCGACUUGCAACGCCCAAGAGGCUGCACUUCUCGGGACGGAUCUUGGCUCAACGGCCGAAGAAGUCGUGGCUCUUCUCAAGAAACACGAGGCGUUUGACAAGUUGGUGCAAGCCCAGGACGAUCGAUUGGCUUUGUUGAUCGAGCACGGAGAUAAGUUGAUCGGCCAGAAUCAUUUCGAGAGUCAGUGGAUCAUGAAGCGUGUGGCCGAAGUGACACUACGUCGCAAUCGCAUCAAGGAGCUGAGCAAUGGCCGUCGCAAUCGUCUUCGCGACGCCCUCCUCUACGCCAAAUUUGUGCGUGACGUCUCCGAAGCCGAUGACUGGAUCGAAGAGCGCCAAAAACAGCUGGAUGCGGAAGCUGCACUUGGAGAAGUCACAUCACUCGAGGAUAAGGCCAAGAGGUUGCAGAAACACCAGGCGUUCCAGGCUGAAGUCAGUGCUCAUCAGAGUCGAUUAAAUCAAAUCAAACAAACAGGAGAGACAUUGAUCUCUAAAAGACAUGAAGCCUCGCCCGACAUCCACCGACAGCUUGAAAAUCUCCAGCAACGCUGGAAGCAGCUCCUUGCUGCGUCUGUUUUGUUGGGUCGCGGCCUCGAAGAGGCUCAAGACAUUCUCGAUUUCAACACCCAGUUUGAGAAAGCGAUGGCCUGGCUUGCCGACAAAGAGUUGAUGAUCCAGCAAGGUGACCUCGGUCGCGAUUAUGAACAUUGCCAGGCUCUUCAAAGGAAGUUGGACGACGUCGAUUCAGACAUGAGAUUUGACGACUCUCGUAUCAAAGCUAUCAAUGCCCUAGCAGACAAACUGGUACGUCAAGGUCGCAGCGAUGCCCGACUAGUCCAACAGCGGCGUGAUGGAUUGAAUCAGCGAUGGCGGGCCACGCAGGGUGGCCUUGAUGAAUACCGGCAAGAUCUUGCAGGAGCACUGGAAAUCCAUGCCUUCAAUCGAGACGUUGAUGAUACGUAAGGCCGUGUCACAGAAAAGACAAUUCUACUUAGUGCAGCCGACGAAGGCAAAGAUCUGCCUCAAGUUGAAACUCUUCAGAGACGCCAGGAAGCUAUUGAGCGCGACUUGACGGCCAUCGAAGGCAAACUGAAAGAGCAUGACACUGAUGCACGAAAACUAAUGGCCAAGUACGCCGACAUGGCACCUACCAUUCGAUCAAAAUUCACGACGGCACAGGACAACUGGAGAAAGCUUACCUCCACGGCAGUUGCCCGUCGUCAGAGCCUCGCUUCGGCUUAUACUUUCCACAAGUUCAAGGCUGACCUGCGUGAACUAGAAGCUUGGGUUCAAGAUAUGAACAACAAAAUGGAGGCCACUGUAUUGGCAAACAAUUCCACAGACGCUCAAACUGCGUUGCAGUUGCACCAAGAACGCAAAGCUGAAAUCGACGGUCGUCAGAACAACUUCUCUGCCCUGAAAGAUCACGGCCGGCGCUUGGUUCAACAACAGCAUCCAUCCAAAGAUGAAAUUGGCACUUGUCUAUCUGAAUUGGAAGAACUGAGAAGGACCUUAGCUGCUACUUGGGAAGAGCGUAAAGUUCUCUUAAGCCAGUGCCAGCAACUUUGUCACUUUGAUGAGCUCGUCGACCAGGCGGAAGCAACUUUGGCCAAGCAAGAAGCGUUUCUUAACAACGAUGAUUUGGGAGAUUCAUUGGCCGGCGUCCAAAUGCUUGUGCGUAAACACGAGGCGUUUGAAAAGACCAUGGUGGCACAAGGCUCUCGUUUCGAAGAGUUGGAACGAUAUGCCGCUGAGUUGUUGGCCAACCAACAUUAUAAUGCCAGUGGAAUUCAAAAACAAUUAGACGAGGCCUUGGGAAGGCGAGAUCGCGUUCGCGAAGCAUCCCAUCAACGUCGCAAACGAUUGGAAGAAUCAAAAGAACUCCACAUUUUCCUGCGCAAUAUUCACGAGGUCGAAGGAUGGAUAUCAGAGAAAUUACAAGUGGCAUCUGACGAAGCCUAUCGAGAUCCUACGAAUCUUCAAAGCAAAUUGCAAAAACAGGCCGCAUUUGAGGGUGAAUUGCAGGCCAAUCGUGGUCGAGUGUCACAGGUGACACGGGAAGGUGAACAGCUGAUGGCUUCUGGCCACUUUGCUUCGAUGGAAAUCCAGUCACAACUCGACACCCUUGACUCUCAUUGGCGGCAGCUGUUGGACGCCUCCCAGUUGCGCCGAGAUCGAUUGCAAGACGCUUACCAAGCGCUACUCUUUAGCCGUAGUUUGGACGAUAUCGAUGGGUGGAUGGACGAGGUCGAACAGCAGCUUCAGUCGGAAGAUCACGGGCGAGAUCUAACAACAGUCCAACAUUUACUUAAAAAACAUCAAACUCUUGAAGUGGAUAUUCACGCACACGCGGACGCCAUCCAAUCGGUUAAAGAGACGGCCAUUUCAUUUCAUGAAGCCGAACACUUCCAGGCCGAAGAGAUCAAUGAGCGAUCGCAAGCCAUUAUCAAGCGCUACCAAUCGCUACACGAGCCGGUACAGAUCCGAAGGGAUAACCUUGAAGAUGCUUUACUGCUCUAUCAAUUUUUACGCGAUGUGGAAGACGAGCUUUCAUGGAUCCGAGAAAAACAUCCCGUCGCAUCCUCUACCGAUUUAGGCACAUCUCUCUCAUCUGUUCAAGCGUUGCAAAAGAAGCAUCAAGCUCUUGAAGCUGAACUUCAAUCUCAUGAACCAGUCAUCGCCACAGUAGUGUCUCGUGGACAGCAAAUGAUCAAAAGCAAUCACUUUGCUAUCCAACAGGUGGAAAAGAGUUUACAGCAAGUUCAGUCGCAAUUGACUACGCUAAAAGAUCACGCGUCCAUUCGGCGAUUGCGUCUUCUAGAUGCAGUUGAAUCGCAAAUGUUUUAUUCGGAAGCGAUGGAAGCUGAAACGUGGAUCCGCGAAAAGCGCCAACAAUUGUCAAAUCCGGAUGUAGGAAAAGACGAGGACUCUAUCGCCGGUUUAUUGAAAAAACUUGACGUCAUUCAACGCGAUAUUAGCGGUUUCAACGCGAAUAUGGGCCGGCUGGCUAAACUGAGCCGAGGUCUGGUAGAACGCGGCCAUUUUGAUUCUCCCAAUAUCGAAGCCAAAAUGCUUUCCGUGGACCAGCAAUACGAACAGCUGAAACAGUUGGCGGAGACUCGUCAAAAGAAUUUAGAUGAUAAUCACAAGAUCCACAAGUUCCUUCGGGAAGCGGAUGAAGUGGCUGACUGGAUAAACGAGCAAAUGGCGAUGGCUGCUUCAGAGGACUAUGGUCGUGACGUUGAGCACGUGGAAAUCCUAAUCCAGAAGUUUGAGAGCUUCCUUAGCACUUUAAAUGCAAGCCAAGAUCGAAUUGAAUUGCUCAAAACUACUGCCAAAGCCGUUAUGGACGAUCCUAAAAUGGAUUCAGCGAAAAUUCGAGCUAAAGUGGACGAAGUUAAUCAACUUUGGGAUGAUUUGAAUGAGUUAUCACAUGCACGACAGGAUGCUUUAUCUGGAGCUAAACUAGUCCACGUUUUCGAUCGUAAUGCUGACGAAACCGUUACAUGGAUCACAGAAAAAGAGGCUGUCCUCUACAGCGAGGAUUACGGCCAAGAUCUUGAAGGUGUCCAAGCUCUACUUCGCAAGCAUGCUGGAUUCGAGCACGAUCUAUCUGCUGUAAAAGAACAGGUCGAUGCCGUCAUCAACGAGGCCCAAAAACUAGCUGGUCUUUUCCCCGAUGCUCGUGAACACAUUGCCAUCCGUCAUGGAGAAACUCUUCGAGCUUGGCAAGAUUUAAUCGAAAAUGGAGCCCAGAGAAAAGACAAACUGCAGCAAGCAGAAACGCUCCAAGCUUAUUUCGAUGACUAUCGUGAUUUGAUGGCCUGGUUCAGCGAAAUGAUCGCCAAAAUUACGGCCCCCGAGUUGGCUCGCGAUAGUGCUAGCGCUGCUUUACAGUUGGCUGGCCACAGGGAAUACCAAACAGAAAUUGAAGCCCGUAAGGAACCUUUUGAUCGGUUCGUUCAUAUGGGUGAAAAGCUGAUCAGCAACGGCCACUUCAUGGCUGAAGAAAUCCAAGAUAAAGUCAUGACUUUGACCCAACGACGACACCAACUCCUUGAGACGUGGCAACGUCGUGAAGAAAUCUACCUGCGGAACAUGGACGCACUACUCUUCGAGCGUGACGCUGCACAACUUGAAUCGUGGUUGGAGUCACGUGAGAAACUUCUGGCACACGAAGAGCUUGGCUCAUCUAUCGCCGAAGUGGAAGAGCUUAUCCGCCGCCAUGAAGAUUUCGCUAAAACUCUAGAUGCACAGGAUCAAAAAGCCGAAGCCCUGAAACGGAUCACACUGCUCGAAAAAGCGUUUCAGCAUCUCCGGAAACUGGAAGAAGAAACACGAAAAGCUGAAGCCCAGCGUCGCGAACAAGAUCGAUUGGAAGCGGCCAAGCGAAAGGAAAUGCAACGGAUCACCAAUGAAAGAAGGCAAGAAGAACAACAACGACGUCGAACGCAGGAGAUCAAGCUGACUCGAGAAGAGCUUGAUCGUCUUCCCUUGAACAUGAACGGCGCUACUGGUUCCGGACCCAAUUCAGUUUCAGGAGGAUCAGAACGCUUCCAAGGCUCCAUCGAAGGAUCUCCCAGAGUUCAGCCAAGGAUUGCUAUAGUGUCUCCAGACAGUAGCCCUAAUGUCAAAAUGGAUCCAAGCUUGACACCUGAUAGACUGCGUGGCAUAAUAGUCGGUGGAGUCAAACGAGCUGAAAGUAUGCGCGUGACGGGUGCAUCGUCCGGUCCGACUUCCUUAUCGGCAGCCGACGCUUCACGCCUAAAACGGAAUCCCAGCUUCACGACGCGUAAACGAAAUACCAGCCUUCGCAAAGUAAAGCGAAUGGAUAAUCCCGAAGACUUGGCACCUGUCGAAAUGGGUGGUUUCCUUGACCGCAAACAUGAACAACAAAGUGGGGGGAAAAGGGCUGCCCUCCGCUCUUGGAAAUCCUAUUACACCAUAUUGUGUGGUCAGUUGCUCUGUUUCUUCAAGGAACAAGACGACUUUGCCGAAAGCAAAGCAGCCGCUUCGCCACUCAACCUUUACCAGGCACAGUGCGAGCGCGCCAGCGACUACACGAAACGCAAAAAUGUGUUCAGAUUACGUACGUCUGACGGAGCCGAAUUCCUUUUCUCGGCCGAAGAUCCACAACACUUGGAUGACUGGGUCAAGAAGAUCUCUUUCCACGCCUCAUUAUCUCCUGCUCAGCAAUUGAUGAGCUACGAUACCUUCCAGGCUAAGUCUUCUCUGUCGGUCAAUCCUCCCGCUUCCUCUUUGGUUGAUUCGGCCAAAACUAAGGCCUCAGCCAAAGAGAUAAAACGGAACUCGAGUUCGGCCGGGUCCACGGAAGUCAGAGCAGAUGAGGAGGAGGACUUCCACAGCGCCGAUUCCGGUUCCGAUUCUGAUUCUUAUCAGAAAUCCCCUGAUGCCAAAGGUCCUAAUUCAACCAAGUCGAGUCCAGUCGCUCCUGCUCUUGCUCCGAAAAAGCGUCAGAAGAAUCAGGCAGCCGUAGUUGAACCGACGACGCAGGCCGCACCGCCCAUCCUGCCCCGCACCUCAGCUCCGGCGCGUCCAGCGUCCGGCGAAGAAGUUUGGGUCAAAGUGAACAACGCAGCAUACGCUGAAGUAGUUGACUUCCCUCCGUUGCCUCGUUCAGCCCCGCCUCCUUUACCUCCGUCCCGUCCGCCCGUACCCCCAAGAGGGGCCUCGCAGCCUGUGCAUCAUCACCACCAUCACCACCAGCAACAAGCGCGCCAGAUGUCUAGCAUGCAUAUAGUGGCUGAAGAAUGGCAGGAAUCGUCCUCGUAUUAUGCUAGCUCUGCUGUAGCUUAUGGAUCAGGACCAAACAGCCGCGCAUCGUUGUCUAGUCAAGUAGACGGCCGCUCGGCUGGAUCCAGUUCGUCCUACCUUGCUCCAAGUUCGACGGGGAAUUUGCAGCAUCAGCAGUACCAGCAGUACGCGCAGCAACAUCACCAACAACAAAAGACCCAACAGCAACCACCGCGGCCACAUUCAAUGGUUGAAGCCCGGAGUGACACGUCUUCAGAGAGUGACGUACCGGCCACGCCAUCACCGCGCGAAGAGAAAAAAGACGAAAGAGAGAAAAGGAGAUCUGUUUUGGGUGGAAUCUUCCGGCGUAAGGGGAAAAGCACGCACGUGUAAGCGAGGUACCAAAUAGCUGGAUCAAAUCACCACCGCCUUAUCAUCACGCCUUUGGAAUUAUGUAAUCCGCAUUCCAAUUUUGUUUUGCAUUCCAAUUCUUGCAUUUCCAAUCCGCAUUCACGGUAGCAAUGACGUAAAAGGGAUCCGUGCCUUUAACAAACAUUUCAGCGAAACAUUUCAGAACACAGGUGUGUGGUAUAGUCUCUUUUGUUAUUUGUUCAUUUUGACGCAAAGUUCAGCGAAUACUAAGUGUUAAUUUGUAGUUCAUAAAGAUGCUUUUUUUUUACAAUUUGAACCCAGUGUAGUUACAUAACAGUUAUGCAUCAGCAAAAAGUACGUUGUAAUUGCCCGAUGGCAGUCGUACUUUUUGGUAGUGCAACUAUGGAAAUUGACAUUCGCAUUUGAUGGGAAACCAACGAAAAAAAAAACAACGCAUAUUUGUGUUAAAAAUCCGAACGAAUCGCGUUUCCAAAGAUGUUGCAAUUGUUCAUAUUAUAGUGUCGGAGAUGGUAGUUAAAACAGAGAAAUUUCGAUUGUUUUUGUUUUCAAACCGGGUUUAUCACGCUAAUUUGAAUUUAUACCGUUGAUAUCAAACAAAAUUUAUCAAUUAUUCCAAUAAUAUUAUUCAUAACUUGGUCCUUUCCCGUGUGUGUCAAGUGGGGUUAUAUUAUGAUUUAGUGCGGGGCAUUUACUACAUUUUCAUUUCUUUCUGAUUAUUGCAUUUGUGAGUGCCUUGACUGAUUUAUUCUUGUUGUUCCUGCUGUCUUGAAAUAUAUAUACAUAGCCUGUGUUAA